UGCUUGUGUACAUAGAAAAUUGUAAAAGACUUUUGUAUUCAAAUUUUGAAAUGUUCUCGACGUGGUCUUCAAGGCACUAUCCACCAGCCGCUGUGGGAACUGCUGCUCUGUACCGAGACGAAUAUAAGGACCCCAAUAUGGAGCUGAGGGUAGAUUUAGAAGAGAAUUUCAGACCAGUUUUCCAACAGUUUGUCUAUGGUGGAGAACGGAUCGCUCUUCAUGAUCUGCGACGUCUUCUGGAGAACCGUUGGUACAGACGAAUGCUACCACCGGAUAAAGUUCACGAUCUCUUGGAUUUAGCAGAUUUUAAUCCAGGACAAGCCAUCAGCUACGAUGAAUUUACUUCCAUUGUGCUUGGUGAAAAGAGAUUGAAGUCGACUGGUGGUAGCUCUAUAGGGGUUGGCUCCAGGGUGUCGGAGAGUAAAACAAGGGCACGGUCCGAGGGGACAUUAUAUUAUUUAUGUAAAAAUACCAUUCCGAAUAUAGAACUUGGUGAAUAUUUAUACAAAUACAGAUGCUGCCCGCCACCAUUUUUUAUGAUUUCACUGUCAAUUGUGCAGAUUGUGUUAUUUUGUGUAACAGCCUUCGAGCUUGAUAAAGAUGGGAUCCCCACAACAGCUUUAGAAGGCUUUGAUAUCAACUCAACUUUAAUUUAUAAACCGACUCGACGAUACGAGGCUUGGCGGUUUGUCACCUAUAUAUUUUAUCACCAGGGGUACAUGCAUUUAAUAUUUACCUUAGUUUUUCAACUAAUUUUCGGCAUUCCCCUAGAAAUUGUGUUCAAGUUUUGGAGAUUGAUGAUUGUAUAUUUUAUGGGGGCAAUAACAGGGUCGUUGUUACAGUCAAUUUCCGACCAUUAUGUUGUGAUGUUGGGUGGAAGCGGUGGAAUAUACGCCAUCAUGACUGCUCAUUUACUUAGCUUUAUAUUUAAUUGGAGCGAAUUAAAGAAAGACUCAACCGGAAGUUCUGCAAUGAAAUGUUUGUGUAAUCUUCCUUUAAGAAUUAUACUCAUCAUAUUAAUUGCCGCUGUGGAUAUCGGGCUAGCUGUGUACAGAAGAUUCUAUCUAGAUGAUCCUUAUAAAGUUGGAUUAUGUGCCCACGGUGGUGGAAUCUUAGCAGGUUUCUUUUUGGCGAAACCGUUUCUAAGAGAUAUUCAACGAUAUCCAUGGCAACAGAAUUCCGGAUGGAUGGCAUGUUUUAUGUUUUUUGCGUUGGUAGGUGGCGCUGUGGUGUUCAAUGUGGCUUUUAAAGGAUACCCUCCUACGGAUUGGAGCUAAAGAGGCUCAUAUAAAGUGUUUUGUCAUUUGUGUAUAUGUAGUACAUAGUAAAUGUAAAAUGCGUCUUUUAAACUCUCGGGGAUGGCCAGUUUCUGUUAAAACUUUCGUAUCGAAACUAUAUUUUGUACAUGUACGUCCAUUAAGCUACACGCUGUUUUGAUAUGGCAUCUUAUGAAGUGCUUUUAAAAGGGGGGAAGUCUUAUACGCCCUGCCCUUCACAUCUUCUAGGUUGGCUUAUUAGCAUCAUUUGUAACAAUUUCUUUUUUGUUUUUUUCUGAUUAUUGAAAAGGACUGGCUUAUAUUUUUUUUUUAUAAGAAUUUUGGUUGCAAUUUGAGCAUUUAAAUCAAAAUGGGACAAGAAAAUCAAUAUAUGCACGUGCAGAUUACAAUAUAUACCAGUAUAAUAUAUCAAUAUAUGCACAUGUACAUAAUUAGAAUAUGCAGGUGCAUUGUAAAUAGGUCAGUAUGUAAAUAACACAUCUAUUUAUUUUCUAUUGUGUAAAUAUAUUUCUACCGAUAAUGUCUUUCAAUAUGGACUGUAAAUAAUUGGAGGAUUAAACUAAUUAAAUCUUG